AUGUUGCGUUAUGUAUCUGUGUCCCUGAAUGCCCUCUUUGUGUUCUACUUAUCCCUGUCCGCUUCGGUAAGCGCCGCCGACGAGUCGACGUUGCUGAACGGAGCCCCCAAACGCAGAGGCUACUCCAAGGGGGAGCUGAUACCGGUCAGCUGCCUGAACAGAACAAUCGAUACUGGCGAGCAUAUCACUGAUGACCAUGGGAAUCUACAAUAUAUACCGUUUCCUACGUGCAACGAGACCGGUCAACCCUUGUCAUUCAAGUACAACGAGCCCCAAACGCAGACCUGCACGAUCGAUUCCUUGCCCGACGAACUCUAUCACCUCCUUGAGUUCUUUGUCCACAGCGAUGUACCACUGACCUGUCGCGUCCCCUCCUUUCCCUUGACGCAAGAAGAGCUUGGAAUUAUACCGUCACUCCCUGAAUCCAGCGGGAUGGGAGCGGACAAGGCCCUCUGGACUCCCUUUACGAUUGCAUUACAGGGAACUCUACAACUAAGCCAUCUACAUCUACACACGAACAUCAAUGCCCUCUUCCACAUGUCCCAGGACCCGGAUUCGGCAACAGCUUCCUCGCAGCAAUCAUACCUAAUUGCUUCUACUGCAUAUUCCCUCCCUAAUACUUCAUCCUCCGCUCCUAGUGGGGGUGCCAAAAUUGUUCGCAAUGAGCCAUUGGUCCUGUCUUUCAAUGUCGGCUGGAUAGACGGUGCAGUCUUACCCGGCAUGAUUGGGCGGCCUGUCCUCAAGGUCACGGAUCACAGCAUAGGGUUUUCAUUGUUGAGCUUCUUCGCUUUAGCUGCCAGUGCUGGCGUGGGAGCGAUGGCAAUGCUCGUUUACGAAAGGAGGAAGAGUGGGAGAAGUGGGAUAUAUGGUAACGGGAUCCUCGGUGGCAACGUCGGAAAUGGCAUAGCAAGGAGCUCCGGCUACGGAGGGUACGGGGGAUACACCAGCAAUUUGGGCAAGAGGGAUUGA